CGUGAUCUCAUGCAAAUACGUAUCUAUUUGUACGUAAAAUAUGUCUAUUGCAAACGUAUGCGUGAGACGUUUAAAUAGAUGCCUAUACGUAUAAUAUGCACGUAUUAAGGCUUCAAAAACGUAAAAUUCCUACGUUUUUUCACAUUAAUUACGUAAAAAUGCUUACGUAUAGAGAACGUGAGUUGACGUCAGUCUCAGCCGCAUGUUGUUACCGCCCCGCUAUGCAGGAAGGAAAGUUCUCUGCUGGAGUUACUGUAAGCCCCCUGUUCAAUUUUUUUGUCUGAACCUUUAAAAUCAUAAUGUACGCUGAAGGAAAUAAAAAGUGUUCUCUUCUGGGAAAAGCUGUUAUCGCAAAACAGCAGUUUUUGGACACGUACGCGAGUUGGCAGCCCAAAUUAUGGAUUACAGACAUGCCGCCUCUAACGUUAAGUUACUGGCAUACUCGGACAUUAUAUGAUUUCGGUUUUGGACUAAAUUGCCUACACACCUUACGAGUUUAAAUGCUGCAAAUCCCUUUAUUCUUAUGAACAAUUGUGCAUUUACUGAGUGCAAGAAGUUGCAACACACGCCAAUAAACUGUAAGAGCACCAGUUUUACUUACAAAAGGUGUCAGGGGUGACCAUACGUGCCUGGCCAGGAUUUCGGGUUCGUCUUCCGGAAAUCGUAUUUGUCGACCUCAUACGUCUUAGAGGAUUAUUAGUAUUAUUAAAACCAACCGUUACAUUUUAAGGUAAGAAUAAAACUACGAUGGUAUGUCUUAUUUUUUUAACUGAAUGGCGUAUGCGGUCAAAAAAUACGACUUCCGGAAGACGCACCGAAAUCCUGGCCAGGACGGGUCCGGGAAGAAUGGCACGUAGGUCACCAAUUAAACAAAAGCAUUCAAAAAGUCAUGGGCAAUGUGCCUCUGUUGCUAAUCAUUUUAUACCCAAUAAAAAACAUUUCUGGUGUCUGUGCUUUUCCGUUGUUUUUAUUUGAGAUGUGUUGAAAUAAUUCUCCUUAUCACGAUUUUAACGCUUUGCAAAACAAUACAAAAAUGAUUCUUUCAGGACGCAUGACAUUAGUGUCACACUCUCGCGUUGUAGCAUAAUUUUUUAAUAAUCACUUGUAGUAAAAUCAUGUUUUUUACAGAACAUAAGUAAGUUAGGCAUACAUUAUUGUCAUAUGCAAUAACACAAGGAAUAACAUACAUUAAAAAAAAUAAUAAGGGAAGAGAAAGGAAAAUAGAUAGAUAAAAACGGGUAAAAUCAUGGUUGGUUAAGGGUGUAUGUCGCGACCAAUCACGUGACGUAUUUCAGAGGACGCGUAAUAAUAAAAAAAUGAAAUAAAAUAUAGUAAAAAUCUAUAAAAAAAAAUAUUAUAAUUAGCAUAUGCUUUAAUAACUAAAACGAAAUAAACUAUAUAUAGUUAGCCUAGACUUAUCAAAAGCAAUACCAUUUGGCAUUUGGCUCAUAUUUCGUUAUGGGUGUUUAGUAGAAACAUCUGCAUGUAUUUUGGGGGGGUUGUAUAAUAUUUAACAUGCUAUGUUAUCAGGUACGCAUUUUUUUUUUCGCUUUGCUUGGACCACUUCCGGUCACGCCUUUUGCAUCUCCCGCGCACUGUGUGCAAAGAAAUAUAGCGGUACAGGUAAGCCAUCCAUCCAUCCAUCCAUCCAACCAACAGUUUCCUUAUUUAUAUUAUUUGUUAGCUGAUAUUGUAUUCAAAGUAAAAUAUAAUUUUAGUGUGUGUAUAGUUGCAUGGUCUUCACGUGUAGUUUCUCGUUUUACGCGAAAAACGUUCAAAUUUUAUAAUGUAUUAAAGUGUCUGCGGCAUAUGCUAAUGUUAUCCCUUACACUAAGUACUGUACUGUGUAAAUGUAAGAUAUUUAAUCCACCAGUUCAUAUUACACUUGAAAAAGCUCACUUAACCCAUUUCCUAAUUAACUUAGACCGGCCUUUUUGCUCAUUACUAUCUUAAAACGGCUUGGACCAGCUUUAACAUGUUUAAUUUUAACUCUAACACAACACCACACCAGCAACGUUAACCAUGAAAAUUGUAUUGAUCUAUGCUAUUUUGUAGAAGCAAACCUAUAUAACAUUGCAUUGAAUCAUUUUUUACAGGUAUUCACAUGCGUGUGUCACAGGAUGCCUGGAUCAACAUUCAAAAAGUGUAAAUCAUGCAAUGUUCACAUUUCUGUGGCUUGCAAAACUUGCAAACACUGCGGACAAAAACAAGAAAUGAAAAAAGCUAUACAAGUAGCCAAACAAAAAAUAAAUGAGAAAUGGGUCAAAAAUAUGAAAGUAGCAAAUAAUUUCUGUAAACUUGUAAAUUCAGCGAAUGUUCUGGUAAGUCAUUAAUACAUUCCAAUGUUGAAGUUGCCCUUUAUUGUAUCUGCAUGUGUAUAUGUGUGUCUAUAUGUUAGCAUGUGUGUUUGGCCUCAGAUAAAGCUGAAAUGUGAAGUAAGUAACCACUGUUUGUUUUUAAAAGAUUCCAGAAAUCUUUCCUGUCUUCCACUGAUUAUAUGCACAAAAUGCAGGCUUUGGGAAGAUAUCCUGUUCUGCUCUUGGGGAAGAGGAAUAUGUCAGGGUCUUUUACAACUGACGUGAUAACUGAUAGUUCCUUUUCAUCCCCAGAGGAGAAGUUGUCCAUUGAAACCAUUAAGAAUAUUUUCUCAAGUCUUCUAAAAGUUAAAUAUUCUGCCCAGGACAGUGAAGUUGAAAGCAGCCAAAGCAUGUUCUCCAGUGAGGAAGAUUGUGUUGUCAGUGCUGGAGUUGAUACCACAGCCUUCCAUAAAGAGGAUAAUCCCAGGGCCAGCAUUGACGAAGAGAAUGUUGUAACUUUAAUCCUUACUCCAGUGGAUCUCUCAGAAGAACCCUCUCUCACCUUCCAGCCACCAAUUAAAAAGAGAAUCCUGGAGAAAACUAAAGUUUCAGCACUUGCUUCACCUCCAAAAUCUACCCGCCUGACAAAUCCCCCUUUUCCUUACUUGGAAAAUGUCAUUGCUCCACCCCCAAAGAUGCCUGCUCAAGGAACAAGUGCCUGUGAUCCAGUCACAUACAUUACCCAUUUCACAGCAGAAGACUCUAGUGCUGAUGUACACACUUCUUCUGCAGCAGCCAAUGUCCCUCAUCUGCCUGUCACAAAAUCACUUAAAGGUCCAAAAGACAACAGUGCUGAUGUACACACUUUUUCUGCAGCUGCCAAUGUCCCUCAUCUGCCUGUCACAAAAUCACUUAAAGGUCCAAAAAACAACAGUGCUGAUGUACACACUUUUUCUGCAGCUGCCAAUGUCCCUCAUCUGCCUGUCACAAAAUCACUUAAAGGUCCAAAAGACAACAGUGCUGAUGUACACACUUUUUCUGCAGCUGCCAAUGUCCCUCAUCUGCCUGUCACAAAAUCACUUAAAGGUCCAAAAGACAACAGUGCUGAUGUACACACUUUUUCUGCAGCUGCCAAUGUCCCUCAUCUGCCUGUCACAAAAUCACUUAAAGGUCCAAAAAACAACAGUGCUGAUGUACACACUUUUUCUGCAGCUGCCAAUGUCCCUCAUCUGCCUGUCACAAAAUCACUUAAAGGUCCAAAAGACAACAGUGCUGAUGUACACACUUUUUCUGCAGCUGCCAAUGUCCCUCAUCUGCCUGUCUCACAAACUAACAAAUUUCGGUACAAGAUUAAAGACUGUCCCGUGCAUUUACUGAAAGAACACUUUCCAUUUGUAAAAACCCUGGGAACAAGAAUAGCAAAAAAUGGGAAUAAAGAAACAAAGGUUCGCUGGCAGCCUUGCUCUGGCUGUGGAGUAAAGUGGAAGGACACAUGGGAGCCUUAUGAACUUUUUCAUUCGGAUGAAUAAAGAGUCCUGACCCUUGACGUUUUGCCAGCCCUAUAUUGCCUGAGUCCUCUCAAACACUGACAAAGGAAUAUACAUUGAUGAGAGUUUUGAUGAUAUUUUGUUGUUUAAUAAACAUUAAUCUGCCA